AUGAUUCAUUUAUUGAAUAAAAUCAAGUUUUGGAUUAUUUAAUAAGAAAAUAUUAUGAAUUAGAUAAUUUUGAUAUCAAUAAUUAUUUCAUUUAGUUAAGCUUGCUAAAGGAAAUAGUUAAGAUGUGAAGACCUUAAUGAUUAGAUUUCAUGUGAAUCUGUUUCAUUAAAUGUGGUUAAUUGUUAAUGGAAUCAAGAAAGGAAUUAGUGUAAAUUAAUGAAUGCAAAUUGCAAUUAUUAUGAUAAUCAAGAUUUAUGUGAAAGAUAGAAUGAAUGUGGUUGGAUUGAAAUGAGUUGUUAGAAAAAACUAAUGUAAAGUAUAAUUAUAUUAAUUUAAAGGAAAUUAAUAGGUAUAACUUGUGAGGAUAUUAUUUCAUAUACAUAAUGUAUUGGAAUGAAAGAAUAUUACUUUGCCUGCACUUGGGAACAUAAUAAAUGCGUAUCCAUAUCAAAAUGCAAUUAAAUCAAUGAUUUUAUGUAGUGUAGAAAUUCGAGAUUAAAAGAUAGGUAAAUAAUAUAUAUAUAUUUAUAGAUGUUAAUUGGUAAUUAAUGGUGAACCAUCAUAUAUGGAAAAAUAAUAUUUUUACCUUGGAGAUUUAUUUGAUGAAUAUGAAUGUAGAGCAAAGGAUUGUAAAUAUAAUUAAUUUAAUACAUGUGCCAAUUUUGUGAAUGGAAGAAGAUGUUUCUAAUAUUUUGGUGAAUGUACUUAAUGUUCAUAUUUUACAACUUAUUAAUCUUGCUUAGAAACUAAUUAAUGUACUUGGGAGAAUGAUAUUUGUAGAAAUAUAUUGUAUUUCAUUUCAAUUAUUUAUAUAUUAGGUGUUCUGAUUUUAAAGGAAAGAAACUGUGCCAAUCAAAACCAUUUUGCUUAUUUAAUGAUGCUAAUUUAUAAUGUGAAACAAGAAUAGAUAAUUAAUUGUAUUGCUAUGCUUAUGAUAUUCCAUCUGAUCCUAUUAAAUCAAAAAUUAAAGUUGAAAUCUGA